AGAUCUUCCCUGUGGUGCAGCCGCAAAUAUCCUCCGUGUAGCAGCUAACGGCAGCCUGUGGUUCGGUGUUUAAGCAGGAGGACUGGGACAUGAAAGGCACGAGGGUUUAAUUUCUAAUCAAUGUUUAGAAAUAACGCACCAGCCAUGACUGAGACUGUACCUGGGUUUAUGGAGGGAAUGGAUCGACAGAUCGAGCAGGCUUUCUGUUACCAGGACACCAUGUCGUCUGGCUCGGUUGGGAUGUCGGAUCUGUCUGAUGAGAUCCUGUUGUGUAUCCUUCGUCAUGUUCCAGUGUGUGACCUGCUGACUAAUGUGGCAAAUGUCUGCCAGAAGUUACACACACUUUGCUACGACAAGAUGCUGCUCACAAACGUCAGAUUUUCGGAAGAAUAUCGGGCUGACGAUCAGUUGGUUCGUCACACUCUAAAGCUGCUAGCCAACCACGUACAAUCGCUCAGCCUCAACAGCUGCUACUGGCUGUCAGCCUCCACCUUAGACAAACUGGCACGAUGCAGAGGAGUAACACAUCUGGAUGUAACCGGCUGCCGCCUCACCUCCCUUUGCCUGUCGCGUCUCUUAUCCUCUUUGUCUUUGCUCAGAUCGCUGGCGUUUGAUGUUAGGUCCUGUUUCAACUCCGCACUGCUCAGCUCGGAAGCCGUUGAUUCACUGAGCCGCCUCACGGAGCUGAGACAGACUCUGUUUACGCCGAGCUAUGGCGUAGUGCCUUGCUGUGCUCAACUUCGCAAGCUGAUGCUGCAGUUUGACAUUCCAGAUGUGACCAGAGAGGGCAUCGGUGUUUGCUGUCAGCUGAUGGUCGGCCAGAGCAGCGUGCCACAUUACGAACAGCUGGAGGAGUUCACGGCCAGACUGGCCCCAGGAGAGGUGAACCAGACUCUGCUCCUUCUCUACCUUGCCGUGUUUAGCGUUCACAUUCCAAAGCACCUCAGAGUUUUCCUGGUUUCAAUUCCUGGUCCCAAUCCGGCUCACUGGCCCGCUGCUCCCUCGCUGGCUCAAAGCCUCGGUCGGCGCGGAGACCUGGUGGCGCUGCAGCUGCCACGCACCUGGCUGGAUCCACUGUCCCUGAAGCGAGCUCUGGAGGGAAACAGCCCCAAGCACCUGAGCUUCAGCCGCUGCCCUGCGUUGUGGCCGCAGGUCUUCCAGUCGCUGCUUGGCGGUGGAGUCAGAGAUGCCGCUCAGCUCGUCAGCCUCAACCUCAGCGGGAUCAACCAUGUUCCGUACUCGGAGUGCAGGAGUGUGGAGGAUCAGCUGGUUGCUGAGACAAUGGGCCAGGUGGCUGCAACCUGCUCCAACGUUAAACACCUGAACCUGAUGCACACGCAUUAUCAUCACGAGUGCUCACCUGGGCUGGACGGACAAACACACUUGGGUGCCAGCCUGGGCAGAUUCAAACACCUGCGGUCUCUGACCCUGCCUGCCUGCGCUUUGUCAGAUGGUGUAAAUCCCAAUCACACCUCAGUGCGCAGCUCAACUCCCUCACUGCUGUUCCAGGGACUAAAGAAGGCCCCGCGUGUGGGUCUCCAGAAUUACAGACCUGAUUCGGAGCCUUCGUUCGCCGGGGACAGCAUUUCUGGGCUGGUUUUGCUCACAGCUGGCUGUCACUUUUUAGAAACCUUUGAGCUCAUCGGUCCAGGUUUUGCAUCGGCGCUGCCUCGGCUCGAGCCGUGCACCCGUGCCAGCGUGGAGCCUCGUGGGAUGUGCGCUUGGGCGCGAGGAGUUGGAGAUGUGCACCUAGCAGCGCUAGACGCUUUACCUCGGCUGCAUCGCUUGACUCUGGCUGGACUCCCUGGAGUCCUCAAAGGAACUGGACUGGUACAGCUGACUAGGAAGUGCAGAGACCUACGGGUGUUGUCCUUAGCCAACUUGGGAUCUCUGAAAACCAUGAACUACACAGCCUCCUUGCUGGAGACACUUACACAGUGCACACAGCUGCAGGAGCUCAGGUUAGAGCAGCCAUACCUAAAUGCCAAUGCGUCUUUCUUUGAGGCCUUGUCCAGCUGCCAUCGCCUGCAGCGGCUCUGUCUCAUCUCCCGUAGCGGCACCUUCGACUCUUUGGCCACAGAGACCUUCAUGGAGCGGUGUUGCCAUGUUGUAAUGUGCCACAUGUUCAUGGGCGGCACCCUGGCUGCCUGUCGGACACUGCAGAAGUCCCUGCUGGACAAAUUUUCAGCUGAGCGUUCGGCACUCAGUGUGGUCAUCUACCCGCUACAACACGAGGACCUGCCCUCCGUCAUCAGGGGCAUCUCACUGACGCUGCUGGAUCGGAUAACUUUGUUUCAGAGCCAUGUUGCGCAGCCUCCACAUUUAUCACCCAUGUGACAUCACCAGUGAUCUGUAACGUAAUUGCUGUUGCUGAAAAUAAAAUUUUGUGAAAUACUAUC